AUAAAAAUCAGUUCCCAUUUCAAUUCUCUCUAAAACAAAGCAUGAGCUGCUCUAAGGACGGUUCGAUCCCUGUUCCUUACUCUCCUAUUCCCGCAAAUGCUACUGCACCGCAAAACGUUGUCGUUUUAUCUCUCUAUCGUCCCCCUCUCUACCGGCACCGGCGGCUUCUUCGCCUCUGUGCCCUCUACUCCGUCGCUUUCCUCCUCCUCUCCGCCGUUGUUUUUCUACUUUUCCCGUCCGAUCCCUCGCUCCAACUCGUUCGAUUGAAACUCAAUGGGGUGAAUGUCCGUUUGUUGCCUGCUGUUGUCCUUGACCUUUCUUUCUCUGCUUCUGUUAGGGUUCGGAAUAAGAACUUUUUUUCUCUCGAUUACAAUUACCUUGGCGUUUCGGUCGGCUACCGGGGAAGACGACUUGGAUUUGUGAGCUCUGAUGGCGGUCGUGUCUCUGCUCGAGGCUCCUCUUACGUGAACGCCACUCUCGAUUUGAAUGGGUUACAGAUCAUUCACGAUGUCUUUUUCUUGCUUGAGGAUCUGAGGAAGGGUAUAAUUCCUUUCGAUACGGAGACAGAAGUGGAAGGAUCCAUGGGGCUUUUCUUUAUCAAAUUCCCAAUUAAGGCUACAGUAUCAUGUGAGGUACUUGUGGAUACAAAUAGCCAAACAAUUGAGCAUCAAGAUUGCUACCCUGAGUGAACGAAAGAUGGUAGUUCAGUUUGAUUAUGACUCUUGUGACUUGAAGCUGAAACUGGGAAGCGGGAACGCCCGUGAUAUUGUUGAAUUCGAGUGUUAAUAUUACUCGCAGAAAGUUUAAGCUCCAUUGUUCAUAUGCUAGAGAUUUAAAAGAAAAAGUAAGUUCCGAAUAUCUUUGUGGAUUAUUACUUAUAAACUAUGCUUUUAUAAUGUAGUCAGAUUCUUACACAAGUUAAAGUUCAUUUGUUUUGUGUAGUAUUAGGCUGUUGUUGCCAUUGCAAUAAUGAGAGUAAAUUCUGUGCUUUACUCAUGCUUUUGUGUUCA